GCCACAUUCCCACUGGUGUCCUCACGGACGCUAUAAGAAUGAAUCACUUUCUGCGCGCCUGGAUGAUCUUUGCAAUGACAGGCGCAGAUUUUCGUCAUUGCUGCCCACUGUCCUUAUCAGAGUUACAUUAGUGUUUACCAACUCAUCUGUUUUUUUUUUGUUUUUUUUUUGGAGCUGUUCCAUCUGCCGAUACAGUCUUUUCUACAUCGAAAUCUGUAAACAUGUAGGCUGAAUUACAGCUCACUGAAUCGGUGCGUUCUGUUUAUAGCCUUGCCUAUAGUUUGAGGAUAUUUUGAAACAUGGAGGGCGUGCACAGCAGUUCGCACCCUGUCUGACUUCAGGUUUAGGGAGUGUUCAGUCGCCAAUGAGAAGCAGGGUUUCCUCCCAUCGCUCAGAGGACUCCCGAGGGCGUGUCCUGAGAAAGUUUUCAGUAGGAUUUCCCUUGCAUGCCUGACGGGAUCCCGUCGUGAACUGACAUAGAUUCAGUACAACCACCAUUGUAUAUGUCCUGAUGUUUGUUUUUCUACAUUCACAAAAUGUUCACGAAAUGAUAUGUAGACUGACAAGCGCGACAACGGAAUAGCGUGUGUCUGUAUUGUCUAAAUCGUGUUUACGCCCCCUUUUGUGUCAUUGAUUUCAGUUAGGUAACAGGUAAUCGUGACAACACUGCCCAUACUUAGCAAUAAAAGCAAUUUAUGUUUAAUAAAGACAUAUGCUAUUAUAACGUCUUCUUUUGACGUAUUCGUGCCCCCAUAAUGUUCCAACCUAGACAGACGCAUAGAUAGCCCAAAAUAGACACUUUCCAUAUUUAUCGCUCUGAACAUUCUUAAAAUUUCCUCUCAGAAAUUGUCAGACGGUGAGAAAUAUCUCGUGCUUGUGACAGUAUAAAAAACUAUUAUUAUCCGUUGGCGAGGUGAGCUUCUGGUCCAUUUCAGUGGGAGAGGGAUUCCCUCAACGUCACCAAGGAUACCAAACACAACACGAAAGCACAAAUAUGGGCAUGUACGUCAGCGGAACUCCGAGGCGGGACUUAGACGGUAGAAAUGCCUUGGUUGUACUCGAGGAGGAUGGAUUCAUUCAUAAGACAACGUCCGCCACCGUGCACCGUAACAGCGGCAAAAACCUGCGAGUCACCGUAAACGGACUUUAUGGAUCUAAAAUCACAAAUCUGACGGGAGAAGAGCGAAGCGGACGCGAGGAUUUAAAGCGGCACGAGAGGAGUUCUUUGCGGAGGAACUCUGGACAUUUCCCAUUUAAACGCGGAGAACUGGAAUAAGCUCCUUCAUGCAACUUUUUUGGAAAGAAACCAGGAGCGUUUCGUCAGGGAAUAACAACAAGAUCAGCAACGAGCUCAUCCUCCUUAUAAAUUGUGUGUGUACCGCUGCCCUGACGCUACAGGUGACAUCGCGCUUUGUCCGGUAGCUGCAGGUGUUGCGUUCUCCGCCGGUCCCUGCGGGGAGAUGUACCAAGGGUUCCCCGGCGACCCCGACAGCGGAUCCCGUGGAAGUUCGUCUCCAUCCAUAGAGUCCCAGUACCUUUCCUCCGUGGACUCCUUCGGGAGCCCGCCGACCACCAGUGCUCCGCAGGAGUGUGUGUCAGCGGGAGCUGGUUUGAGCAUUGGAGGUAGCGGGCCAGGGACGAGUGCUGGAGGGGAGAUGCCCAGUUCAUUCGUGCCCACCGUCACUGCCAUCACCACCAGUCAGGACCUGCAGUGGAUGGUGCAACCGACUCUCAUAUCGUCCCAGGCCUCUGGACAGAGUGGAUCCAUUGGGACCACAACAAUGACCCAACCAGUAUCACUGGUUGACCCGUAUGACAUGCCAGGCCCCAGUUAUUCUUCGGGCUCCGCAUUCACCCCCCCAAGUUCUGAUACUCCGGGCCCAGCCCCGGGCCCCAUCCGCCAGUCCCGAACCCGAAGCCGCCGUACACGAGACGAGUCUGUGAGUGAAGAUGGAGAUGUUGGUGUGUUACUAACACCUGAGGAGGAAGAAAAGAGGCGCGUUCGCAGAGAGAGGAACAAGCUGGCCGCCGCCAAAUGCAGAAACCGCCGACGGGAACUCACAGACAGACUGCAGUCGGAGACGGACAUACUGGAGGAGGAGAAAGCAGAGCUGGAGGCUGAGAUCUUGGAGCUGCAGAAGGAGAAGGAUCGCCUGGAGUUCGUCCUGGUGGCCCACCAGCCCAACUGUAAAAUCCAAUACCAGGACCAGCCCCAGGCGGGCUCGGCGCAGCAGCUCCCUCCGGUCCAGUCCCAGCUCCCUCCACAGACCUUGCAACCUUCUGUCUCCAUUGUGGGCUUGACUGUGAAGGAGGACUCUUUCUAUCUGCCUCCUGCCUACACUUCUCACCCGGCCUCCACACAGUCCCAGCCUCCGGUUCAGCAGCAGCAAGUGCAGCAGCAGCCUCAGCCAGGGAUAAUGCAGGAGGUAGAGUUUUCUAGUUCUUUCUAUGGCUCGAGUGAGCCGGCACCCGGCGGGUCGUGCCUUGUGGCCAGCAACAGUGGUGGUGGUGGUGGUAACCAUGACGAUGUGGCCGUUGGCAGCUACAACACCUCAUACACAUCUUCAUUUGUGUUCACCUACCCAGAGGGAGCCUGCGGGGUCAGUGCCAACCAGCGGAACAGCAGUAGCGAGCAGUCGUCCGAUUCCCUGAACUCGCCUUCGCUGCUGGCACUCUGACUGACCGACAGACACACACUUUACGCUCGCUGGAAGUAGAGGCUGACACAAGUACAUGCAAAGUGCCAAUCGGUCUCAUAGACUGAGCAAAAAAAAAAAAGAAAACAGAGAUACAACCACAGCAACCAAUCAUUUGUAUCUGAUUGGGUUCUAGUUCACGUAUUCCAAAAUGCAUUCCAAUUAAGAGCCAUAAAAGCCUUUACCAUUAAACUCAACCAACGCGUAAAGUUGUGCAACCGCUCAGUGUUGGUUAUUAAGAACCACAAUCGCUCAAGUUGCCAAAUCGACAAAUUCACACGAAACGUCCUCGCCCUUCAGCAUGUACAGUAUUUGGAACACGCUCACUUUCGCCCCACCCUAGUUCCCUCUGUCGGUCGCCCCCUCCUCCAGUGAUCCUGCUCUCAUCCUCUUCCAUCCCUUCCUUCCUUCUUCCCUUGUGCUGAAUGUAUUUGUGCAAAGCCGACAUAGGGACGAAGGACGCUUCGUUCAGGCUCUUUUCUGGUGGGAGACGGAGCGCCGCUCUCUCGCUCACCCCUAACCCUCCAUCCGCUCGACCUCUCUGUGCUUCUCCAUUUGCUGCUUGGACUUGCCAAGUUGGGCGUCAGAGUAAACCAGCCCCAACUAAACCUUGUGUUUUCUCCUAACCGUUUUUUUUUUUUUUUUUUUUUUUUUGCCUACCUGCCAUGCGACCCAACUCUACCCAUCUCUGUUUCUCUUCUUCUGUCUCUGUGUUUCUCCCUCUCUCUGAAGUCUUCGACCUCCGAGAGCCCGAAGACCCCCAGCAGCCCUUGGGACCUUGAGUGAAUGCCGGCCAAACUAACACGUCCUUUUGCACCCUCACUGACAGGCGGCCCCCUCCCCUUCUUUAAGGAAGGACCCUGAUCUCUGAGCGCGUGGCUCACAAUGAACAGCACCUAAAUACUUCUAACACAUGCACAUAGACACAGAAAUAAUGAAAACAAAAUGCAAGAUGGAAGCCACUGUCUUCUGCUGAGCCAUUUUUUUGACGUUCACAUGACGAAGAUUAAACACAUCUUGCAUGUGAGGCUGGUUAAAAGGGAGGAUGGAUAAAAGAUUUUAGCAGGAAGGGAGGAAGGAAGUGGAAGCGAGCUGGACAAAGUCAAACGGAGAGAUGAGGAGUGGAGGAUGACUCCCAUCCUGACCAUUGAUUUUUGCAACAAAAUGUUGAAAACAAAGCAAAAACUAAAAAAAAAAUGAAUAGAAAGAAGUAAAAAAUCCUCCUCCUGCCAACUGUGUGGAAGGGUGACCUCAGUAAAAACACCUCCAUAGCACAGAGCCUCUUCACCCUGGGCCUACAUGCGCAUAUUCAGACCAUCGCUUUCAAGCCUUUGAACUGAGGAAGGAGACUUUUGGUGGCAGCGCUUUGCUCAGAAUCACCCAGAUGUGAAUACAAGCCUUUAAUUGGAGGAGAGACUUUUUUUUUUUUCAUUUUUUUGGGUGGUGAAUCAGACAACCUCUACACACUGGGCUCAGGCCUCCGUACCUCCCCUGUUGUUUCACCUAAAACGAGGCGGAGGUGCGUUUAUUGUGAGUGUGUCCACUCGGAGGCACCUGGCCUGUUUAUUGCUUUCUUUAUUGAGGUUGAUGCGGCGACUGAGCACAAAGCGAGACCCAGGAAGAAGGGGAGAACAUGUGAGCUAAUGUUGUGGAGUGAGCGUCUUUUUAUUUGCCUGUGAAUUUGUACUAUUUGUUUUUCUGUUCUAUGUUUGCGCAAGAAUUGUUAUAUAUUUUAUUGUUUUGUUUAUAUGUUUGCGAUGACCUCUGCUUUCUUCUGUACUGUUGCUGUUUCUUGUUUUUAUUAUCAUUUCGUGUUUGUUUUUUUUAUCAGGAGAUUCACUUCGAACUGUUACUAUUAUUAUUGCAUUGUAACUAUUGUUUCAUUAUGUUAUUGUAUUUUCAUUUGGCAACUUUGGAGGCAUGUUGUGCACUACAAAAAAAAUCUAAUUGUAAGUCAAUAUGCAUAUACAUAUAUACAUGUAACAUGUAUAUGUAAGUCUAUCUAUGAUUGUAAUAUGUGAAUGUCUACAGAUCUAAAUGGGAUAUUUUUGUCAAUGAAGAACAAGAUGAAAUGUUACUGAGGUCUAGUUUUAAAAGAAUAUUUUUCUAAAGGAACAAAAAAAAUAUCUAUAUUCAAUUUAAAGUACUGCCCUGUCCCUAAACAUGAAGCACGAUGUCACUGCCUCUAUCAAUGUGUAUUUAUGUUUUAAAAACAAUAUAAGCACUUACAGUUACAUUCAAUGUAUGUUUAUAAUUAUGAUGUUAUACCGAUGUAGUAACGCCUUUGUUUCGGUUGUUUGUUUUUCUGGGAGGUCUGUCCCAAAGCUACUGACACCUUAAUGCCACUUGAUCCUUAAUAGAUGCAAAACGCAGAAAAAAAACGUAGUGUGGUUGAAUGUUAAUACACGUAUUAAAAGUGUUCAGACUACAAAAUAAUGACUAAACUCUUUCAUUUAAGGACAAAGGAUUUCAUACCCAGUAUGUAUUUCUGUCCAAUAUAAACAUAUCGCUCAAUAAUAACUGAAGCUCAUGUUUGGAUAUUUAGCCUUGAUAUAAACAUUAUCAUAUAUAUUUAAAGUUUAUCUAUUCUUGUAAUCCAAAAAUUUAUUGUCUGACUGAGAUUUUGUUUGCAUUUGUAUCUGCUGGAUGAGAAGCUUUAUUUUUUAAUAAAUAAACGUGUCUAUUUGAACUAAUGUCUAGAUUAAUGUUACAGAUCUGGGUUAUGAAAUGGCUUUUGGUGGUCAGGAAAAUGGGCAGACCUCUUGUCUUAAUGUUAAAUAAGGACUUUGUCUGUACAGAUGUCGGAGAUGCCUUUUGAUUUGUCUCCAAAUGCAAAUGUGAUGAGAAUAUGUACUGGUGUCAGAAAAAGCAUAAAACAUAUUCAGUAGUUCUCAUGUAUAUAGGUUUUUGUGGUGCUACGUUUAGUAUACUAUACUAUCACGAUGAGGCAGUUUAACAUUGUAUGGUGAAAGGUACACGUUGCUGUCACUGGGGCUGUAGGCGAACAAACACACUGCUGAUCUCAUCAGGAGGUUUUACUCUGAAUAGGAGCCAAUAACAGUGAAUUCCCAGCAGCUGAAGCUCAGCGAGCCCAGGAGUCACUCUGUGAUUUCACCCCAGCUAAUAUCAGUUGCUACAUACUUUACCUUUAAGUGUGAACUCAGAAAGCCCUCGUACUGUACCUGCACUCCUCACUCACACAUACGCAACAUAUUAGACUCAUCCUUUCAUCUAAUUCCUUUGCCCUGGAUCUGUUGAGGUUAUCUGAAUUUUUUUGUUUUCCUCUGUAAGACUAAACACAAAUGGGUCACUAGUGAUCUGGAGAAGGUCAGAGAGAAUUGCCUACCAGUACAAUGUCGUGUUAGCAUUGACUGAACAAGAACUUUCCUAUUUUUCUACGAUAACGUGAAUGUUAUGUAAUUCUUUUCUCCACUGGUUCCAUACAUGCUCCGAUUUGACCGCUAUGAAAUGCAAUAGUCAUGAUCCUCUUGGAUGAACAUAAUGUAGCAAAGGAUGCAGUGUUUAAACUGACUGCUACUAUAUGUCAAGUGUGAUGAUGUAUUGCUUUAAUGACCCAUUUUUGUCAAAUAUUUUACUUAAUAGUCUUGCUUUUUGCUCUUUAUUAUUUCUGUCUGGGAGCAUAGGUUGUUAUUUAGCAAAAAUGGGGGGAACAGGAUGUGAUACAGACACACAUCUAUUGAUGAAUGUUAUUUUGGACACAGGGAUAUUCACACAUAUACAUAACUAGCUCAUGAUGGUGCUUUAUUAAAUUGUGUACAGUAUAUUUCCAGUGCAUCUAAAUCAACCCAAAUUACUGGUUUGCUGCACAAGGCUAGAAAUUACUACUUACAUAACUUUAUAACUAUGAUUUAAACUUGUUUUAUUCAUGAUGUGGACCAAAGUCUAUGACAUAUUUCUCAUGUGGCUUUUGCAGACCCUGCUCUCUCAUUUCCUUUGACCAUAUCUUAGGCUCUAGCCCCUUUUGCUGUCCUUCAGAAGUUUACAUCAUAAGGUUUUUUCAUAGUUUCUAGUAUGCCAAGGCUGGAGGAGUUGCCUCAUGAAUGAUGGUUUGACCAAAUGCUAUUCCUUUCCACUUUCAGAAAAGGUGAUUUAAAUAAACAAGGUAUUAUAUGGU